ACAGACAUUUGUGAAUUUUUGUCCGUUGUUUCUACAAAUGUCAAACUGAAAACAAUUUUGUGCAUUGAGUUUUGUUAAAUACAUUUAUCUGGUAAUACUAAAUGUAAGUCAAAGAGGGGAAAGCAGCUGACUUUUUGUUCAAUUUCGAACACAUUUGUUCUGCUUAAAGGCUGUUGUGCUGUAUCUUUUUACUCGUUCUAACUAAUGGAAGAAACGCAUUCUUUUUUAAGUGACAAGAUGAAAAUAAGGGGAAACGUAAGAAUCAAUCACAUUUUAGUUUCUUGGCGUAAAAGUAGGGGAAUUUUUAUAUCAGCUGAUAGAAACAGUGAACAAUUGCAUUGCAUUACUUGUGUUGUUUUUAGGUAAUUUGCGUUGUGUGUACUUUGUAGUAAAUAAACAAUUCUUUACUUUAUGAUAUGAUUUAUGAUUUCUCGGGAUCAAUCGCCAAGUCUCCAAAUUUCGUAUUCUGCUAAAUUGGCAAUCGCUAAAUAUCGUUAAAAACGACUAUAAUUUCUCUUAAUUUGAUUGUUUUUGGCGGUUCGAUUUUUACUGUCGCUAAAAGUGAAAAUAUUAUAUUUUAAACAAAGUGAGCAAUUAUUUUAAAUAAACUUGUAUUUAAAGUUAAAUCCAAAAGCAAGAGAAAAGUCCAGGAGUAUAAACAUGCAAUGGGGCUGACCGGAAAUGCGUCCGUGGGCAUAAGGGAUUUAACCGAUCUGGAUGAACGGAUUAUUGCCGUAAUGCAUCCAGUAGCGGUGCAAGGCAUGGUAGAUGUCUGCGAGCCAGCAAUGCACAUUGAAAGUGAUAUUUCAUGUUUUGAUGACUUAGAGUACCUUGAGGAUGGAAAGGAAUUGCCAAGCGGUUCAGGUCGAUCUGCUUGUGUCAACGACGUGGGUUGUGUGCCUUUAAGAGCUAAUCGUCCAGCUAAGCGACGAAAUCGAAAUCCCUCGUUAGAACAGACCAAUCAAAAGUUCGUCGAGUUGCAGGAGAAAAUGUUGAAGCUUGAAGAGCGUCGACUUGAGCUGGAGGAAAGAAAACUCAAACAAGGGAAAGAAAUUGCAGACGAACGCGUGCAGGCGACUAAAGAGCAUACAGAUGCUAUAAAACUUUUAGCGGAUGCGCUUAAUAAUUUUAAUAAAUAGAUUAAGGCUAAUAUAAGUUUUUUAUGGUGGAUAGCCCUACUGGGGGUGAUGUGGAAAUUUACAGUAAUAAAAUUGUUUAUUUUUAAGGUUUUAAGGCAACAACGAAUAUAGAAUAAAAUUAAUAUUUUAUCAAAGAAUUUUUUCAAUAAACUUGAGAUUUACUCC